AUGGACGGGGAAAUCGCGCAGCGCAGCGGUGAUGAGGCUGACAAGGAGAUGACCCGCCUCUGGCGCACAUGGCGGACCGUCUAUGAGAUGCUUUCGGACCGAGGCUAUGAGGUCUCCGACGACGAGCUGCAACUCUCGCUGAUCGACUUCAAGCACAAAUAUGCCGACCCCAUGGGUUAUCCAGACCGCACCAAGAUGAAAAUCCAAGCCCGCCCCACCGAGGAGAUGAAAAUGAAAUACACAGCUCUCCCCAGCAAAUCGAACCCCAACCCCCAGCCCGACUGCGGUACUAUCUACGUCGACUUCUGCCCCGACUCCUCUGGUGUCGGUACAAAGCAAGUUCGCGCCUUUAACCACAUUGUUGAUGAGAGCAACUUCCACACCGGUGUCUUCAUCACCCAGACCCCCAUCUCGCCCUCCGCCGUGCGCCUGUUGAGCGGUAUCCCCGGUCGUAUCUGCGAGCACUUCCAGGAGCAGGAUCUGCUGGUCAACAUUACCCGUCACGAGCUCGUCCCCAAGCACGUUCUCCUUAGCCCCGAGGAGAAGGCCCGUCUGCUUGAACGAUACCGUUUGAAGGAGAGCCAGCUGCCCCGUAUGCAGGUUUCGGAUCCUGUGGCACGGUACCUGGGAUUGCGUCGGGGCCAGGUUGUGAAGAUUAUCCGGAAGUCGGAGACGGCUGGUCGUUAUGCCAGUUACCGAUGGGUUAUCUAA